UUGGGUGUAGAUUCUAGGUUAAACUUUAGAUCGCACACCUUAAAUAAGAUAAAUUGCAAUGUGUAUAAAUGAGCGUAAUGUAAAAUUGUAAAAUAUUGUGAGCAUCAUUUAAUUAGUACAGAGUCCAAGAACAGAUGACAGUGCCCAAUUUACGCGUUCACAGGUUGAAACAGCCUGCCCUCUCAGGGUCUAUAUUUAACAGACCCGGUGGCCAUACAAGGUCGUGGCUGUCCACAGCAAUCUGCAGAGUGGCAGCAUUAUUUUUGUUUCUGUCGGCUGCCUCAUCCCCACCGCAGUGCCUAGAUUCUCACUCGCUUCUCAUUUUGGGGGAUUUUGCCUGUCUUACAACUUUUCCUCCAACUUUGAUUUUGGCUGCGAACAGAGAGAGAACGGAGUUUCUUCGUCCGAUCAUAAAGCACACUCAGGAUGUCGGGAUCCUUAAAAGUACAAAAGGAGCAGCAGCAACGGGACCUUGAGACGCACUAUGAGAGCAGCUAUCAUCACAGCUCCUUGUCAUCUGUUAGCAGCCAUUCUUACGCUGCUUAUGUGAGCGGCCAUGGGGUCAAGACUUCAACUAAGAAGAAAGAGAAGAAAAUAAGUGCAGUCUCCAAAAAAGACAAGCGAGCUCACCUGGCAGUGGACAAAGAAGACGAGGUCAUUGGAUACGUUGUACCGGUCUUUAGAAGCAGUCAUUUAGCCACCCAAGAGCUGAUGGAGAGCCAGGAGGAGGUGAAGGAAGAGGGUGUGGGGUAUGUCGUCAUGAGAAACCUGUUCUCCAGGGAUACCGACUUCAAGAUGAGAGUUCAUAAGAAGACCAGGGAGACCAGUAUGAGAGAGUCUGCCGAUCGCAUGACUCUGAGCAAAAAGAUGCACGAGAAAGAUGAAUUCCAGAAGAAGAUGAAUACAGACAGUUUGACUCACCCACCGGAGUUCAUUGUGAACCCACGUGGCCAGACCGUGUGGGAGGGAAAGAGUGUGACCCUGCACUGCACCGUGGCUGGAUGGCCCAAACCCCGUGUGGCCUGGUACAAAAACAAUGUUGUAAUCGAUGCAAAAGCUCACCCUGAGAAAUACGUCACAGAGAGCCAAUACAACUUGCAUUCUCUGGAAAUCAAGAACUGUAAUUUCAAUGACACUGCUGAGUAUCGGAUCUCUGCUCUCAAUGUGAAGGGAGAAAGUUCUGCUUUUGCUUCUGUCAUAAUUAAAAGGUUCAAGGAUGAAGAGGAGGUGAUUGAAAGGCCUCAUGGUUUCAGUCCUGAGUAUGGCGUCACCUUUCACACUUCCAUCAUUGACAAGUUUGGCGUUUCAUUUGGCCGCGAGGGAGAGACUAUGAGUUUGGGCUGUACGGUCAUUGUCUACCCCAAUGUCAAACGCUACCAGCCAGAAAUUGUGUGGUCCAGAAAUGGUAUCGCCUUGUCACCUUCUAAGUGGGUAACCAUGCAUUGGAGUGGAGAGCGGGCCACUUUGACUCUCGUGCACCUCAACAAAGAAGAUGAGGGUCUCUACACCCUGCGUGUCAACACCAAGUCAGGCUUCGACUCCCACUCUUCCUAUGUUUUUGUUAGAGAUGCUGAUGUGGAGGAGGAGGGGGUCCCUGUUGCUCCUCUUGAUGUGCGUUGCCAUGACGCUAAUAAAGAUUAUGUGGUUGUCACCUGGAAGCAGCCAGCGGUGGAGGGUAGCAGUUCCAUCAUGGGCUAUUACAUUGACAGGUGUGAGGUUGGCACUCAUCACUGGGCCCAGUGUAAUGACACUUCAGUCAAAUACACCCGCUUUCCUGUCACCGGGCUUAUUGAGGGUCGCUCCUACACAUUUAGAGUGCGAGCCUUUAAUACAGCAGGCGUGAGCCGCCCGUCCCGUCCCUCUGACCCCGUAGCUGCAGUGGACCCUGCAGAUCGUGCUCGUCUCAGAGCUGGUCCCUCUGCUCCGUGGACUGGAAUGAUCAAAUUUACUGAGGAAGACCCCACAGUUGGGGUAGUCCCUGGUCCAACCACUGAUUUGGCUGUCACUGAAGCUACCAAGAGUUACGUGGUGUUGAGCUGGAAGCCCCCUGUGCAGAGAGGCCAUGAGGGUGUCAUGUAUUAUGUGGAGAAGUGUUUGGUGGACACUAACACAUGGCAGAGGGUAAACCCCGGGAUGCCAGUGAAAUCUCCCCGCUUUGCCCUCUUUGACCUUGCUGAGGGUAAAUCCUACAGCUUCCGUGUCCGCAGCUGCAACUCUGCUGGUGUUGGGGAGCCGUCUGAAGAAACUGGGGCGACCACUGUGGGAGACAUAUUGGACCUGCCGUCUAUUCCAGGUCCUAUCGUUCCCAUCAGAAGGACUGACACUUCUGUGGUUGUGACCUGGGGGGCAUCCAAAGAGGUUAAGAAUCUGGUGGGUUAUUAUAUUGAGGUUAGCGUCAAUGGCAGCGGCUUUUGGGUUCCCUGCAACAACAAGCCCGUCAAAGGCACAAGGUUUGAAUGCCACGGGCUGAACGCUGGAGACAAAUGUGUGUUUAGGGUGAAGGCUGUGAACGCUGCUGGAUACAGUCAAAGCACUGCAGAUUCUGAGGUCUGCAUUGUGCAGGCAGCAAUUGCCACCUCGAGCGCUCCCACCGGUGUGACCCUGCUGGAGAGUGUCCGUGACUACAUGGUGCUGGGCUGGACGGCUCCUGCUAACAAUGGAGGAGCAGAUAUCAGAGGUUACUAUCUGGACUACAGGACCGUUAAAGAUGGAGUCACAAGCAAGUGGAAUGAGCUCAACACCAAGGCAGUCACCGGCACAUCUUAUAAGGUGACAGACCUGAAGGAAAACACUUUCUAUCAGUUCCAGGUGCGUGCAUUCAACCAGACUGGUGUUGGUGAAGCCUCCACACCCGGUGUCCCCUUGGAAUGCAAGGAAUGGACUGUUGCUGUUCCAGGUCCUCCUCACGGCCUGCGUGUCCUCGAGGUUCGUAAGAACUCAUUGGUGCUUCUGUGGGAACCACCAACGUUCAACGGCCGCAGUCCUGUGACUGGGUAUUAUGUGGACUUUAAAGAGGAGGAUGGCAGAUGGAGAUGUGUCCAAGAGAGGUCCACAAAACAGACUUUUGUGAAGGUGACUGGUCUUCAAGAGGGAGUUUCCUACAGGCUGCGUGUUCACGCUAAAAAUCUGGCAGGCGUCGGUGGACCCUCAAAGUCAACUGAUGCUGUUUUGGCUCAGACUCGCCCUGGAACCAAUGAGAUUGUUGUGGAUGUGGAUGAUGAUGGUGUGAUCUCUCUGAUCUUUGAGUGCUCCGACCUUAAAGAAAGCUCUCAGUUUAUGUGGUCUAAAAAUUAUAAGGCCUUCACUGACACUUCUCAUCUUACCAUUGAGACUGUCGGGGGCAAGUCAAGAGCAAUCUUCAAUGAUCCGUCAGUGGAGGACCUGGGCAUUUACUCUUGUGUGGUGACAAACACUGAAGGUGUCUCGGCCAGCUACGAGCUAACUGAGGAAGGACUUAAGCGUUUGUUGGAGAUCAGCCAUGACCACAAGUUCCCCAUAAUUCCCUUCAAAACUGAAAUGGCCAUUGAGCUUCAGGAGAAGGGACGUGUGCGUUUCUGGGCCCAAAUUGGCAAGUUCACUUCUAACUGCCAAGUGGAGAACGUUUUCAAUGAUAAUAUCAUCUCUCAAGGAAAGAAGUACACAAUGAACUUUGACAAGAGCACCGGGAUCAUUGAAUUGUUCAUGGACUCAUUGGAAGUUACUGAUGAAGGAACCUUCACGUUCAGCCUCGUUGAUGGCAAAGCAACCGGUCGCACCAGCUUAGUCCUUAUCGGAGAAGAGUUUGCAGAACUUCAAAAGAAGUCUGAGUUUGAGAGAGCAGAGUGGGUCAGAAGGCAAGGUCCACAUUUCGUAGACUAUUUUAGUUUCGAGGUCACCCCGGAGUGUGACGUGCAUCUGAAGUGCAAGGUUGGAAACAUCAAACCUGCCACUGAGAUUGCCUGGUUUAAGGAUGGAAUUGAGAUUGAAGAGGAUGAUGAGGAUGCGAAGAAGAUCGGAAAAUCUGCUGAGGACUUGACCUUUGACAUUGGCAAGAUUUCAAAGAAAGAUGCAGGAAUGUAUGAAGUCAAAUUGAAGGACGAAAGAGGAAAAGACAAGACUUUGUUGAAUCUGACAGAAGCAGGUUAUCAGGCAGUGCUGAACGAAGUGUUUAGAGUUAUCGCCAACUCUUCUACUGAGCUCAAGGUUAUGAGCACAGAGCAUGGAAUCAUUCUGUACUCCUUUGUUGUGCACUAUAUUGAAGAUCUCCGUGUUGGCUGGCUUAACAAAGAAUCAAAGAUCUCCCACUCAGAAAGAGUUCAAAGUGGAGUCACUGGAGAACAGCUGUGGCUUAAAAUUAAUGAGCCCACAGAGAAGGAUAAGGGCAAAUAUGCCAUUGAUAUCUUCGAUGGCAAAGGCAGUGUCAAAAGGGUCCUUGACCUCUCAGGACAAGUAUGGGAGGAGGCAUUUGAAGAAUUCAAGAGGCUUAAGGCGGCAGCCAUAGCCGAGAGAAACCGUGCCCGUGUGGUGGGUGGCCUGCCAGAUGUCGUCACCAUUCAGGAGGGCAAGUCUCUGAACCUAACUGGCAACGUAUGGGGUGAUCCUGUUCCUGAGGUCAGCUGGAUAAAGAACGACAGGCAGCUGGUGGGUGAUGAGCGCUAUACGCUCAAGUUCGAGCACGGCAAGUUUGCCAGCAUCACCAUUGCUGCUGUCAGCACAACCGAUUCUGGGAAAUACGCCCUGCUGGUGAAGAACAAGUACGGCACAGAGGCAGGAGAGUUUACUGUCAGCAUCUACAUCCCUGAGGACGAAGCGGUGAAGAAUGAGUAAAGAUGGAAAAAGGGUUUUAUCCGUUGAUCACUAUAUAUUUCAAUGCGUUUUUAUUCAAAGCAUGCCCAGACAGUAUAAUUUUUCAUAUAUGGGAAAUCUAUGUAUCUUUGUAAUCAAACACCAAAAGCAAAAAUUUUGCCUGUUAGGCCUGAUUUUAUUGUAAGCCUUUAUUACAUUAGACUUAAAGGGGUCAUAUGGCGCGAAUAUGUGUUUUCCUGUAUCUUUGGUGUGUUAUAAGUUGCAGUACAUACAGUCCUUAGUACAUAAAAUUGCAAAAAUUUAAGUGUCGGAACAAAACAUGCAUUCUAUCUAAAACCGAAUGCUCACCCAGACUAGGUUUUACUUAUAAAAAUGUUGUCCUUAGGUCAACAAAAUAUGUUGCCCUGAGGACAUCAACCACUUAGUAAAAUCAGGUCGAGCCAGACCUGCCCGAAACGACUUGUGUAACCAGACCAAUUUUCAGAGCGAUGAGCUUUGUUAAAAAUCCACGCGUUUCAGAGAGGCGGGGCAAAGAGGAGAUACAAACAUGCACGGUAUGUGGAAAAUACAGCGUUUUUGAACCUUAAGUCGUGUAUUUAGGGCUGUCACGAUUAUUAAGUAAUCGUCUCAUCGCGAUUGUUUGACCUCAUCGCGAUGGUUUCAGAUCAUCGCAAUUAUUGCACAUCUCUAUAGAAGACACUAUAGGGGGAGCUGUAGUGCAUCUGCAUAUUGCAUAUUUUAUUGUAUAGAUUGUAACUAAAGCAUGGUAAUACUUGUAAAAUGUACCACCACAACACAAUCACUUCAAAAUACUAAAGCAUAUACCAUAAAAAUAACCUGCAGAACAAUUUAAUAUUAUUUCAGUGUGAAAACCAGUCUACCAAAAUCUCAUUAACAUAGAAGUAAACUUUAUUGUAGCCUUGCAAGUGAGAAAAAAACAGACUAGAAGCUUUUCUAUGACUGAUAGCAUUUUAAUGGUGGCUUCAAUUCACUUAAUUUACAAGUAUUUGGCGGUUAUAUUAUUGACAGGUAAAAGCCUAAACCUUAAGUAUGAUGACCCAAUUUUUUCCUAUGUAUUUCCAAGAAAAAGAACAUGGUCUUUAUAUUCAGAACAAUAUGGUCGUUUCAAAGCUGAAUAAAAAAUGUAUGAGAAUUAAAAGUCAAAGCUCUAAAACAGACAAUUAAUCGUCAUAAUCGCAAUGAUUUAUUAGACAAUUAAUCGUCAGCCAAAUUUCAUAAUCGUGACAGCCCUAAUACACAUUGCAUUACAUCUAAAACAAACGAUAAUAUGCGUUUUAGCCGUGUCAUACGAGUUUUCAUCCCUUUAAGUUUUGAAAACAUACUGUAGAGGUAUAAACCAAGGUGGCGCUAAUACAGCAACCUACAAACCCAGGGUAAACUAUGAGACAGGAUAAACCAAGUCUUCAGACCUAAAUACUAAGUACUUUUUAGCAACUAAGGAUACAGGCCUUACACUGUGCUGUUUGUAAUCACAAUGGACCCAAAGGUAACAAUAAUACUUUGGAACAGUGCUAUUAACAAGUGAGAUGGACAUGAUUUGAAUGAAAAAGCUUUGAGUGUUGAUUUAUUUAUAAACAUAAACUGGAAGCAGUGCAAGCAAAAAAAAGGAUGUACCUCUGCUGUUGUCUUGUUUUAAUUAAACGUAUGUGGUGUGAACCUACUGCUCUGAUACAAUGUAUCAUAUCAUAAAAGUGACAUAAAAUUCUGCUUUAAAGGAAGAUAACAAAACUUCAAAGUUGAAAGUGAAAAUGAAGUCUGUAAAAAUAGCUCAACUAGUUCAUAUCUGCAUCAUCGUGAUUUUAGUUUUCUGUUUAAUGAUUAAAGGCUGCAAGGCAGAAGACGCACGAUGUGAGACUGAUGCCUCGCAAGACUAGCUGUUGUUGUGUUACGCAUUUGUUUUGUGCUGGGUUAUCAGUUGACAAAGAACCUGAGAGUAUAUUAAUAUAUACUGUAUAUAUUAAAACCAAUAGUCAGUGCUAUGCAGUAAAAUGAAACCACUACAAUGCAGAAAAUGUGUUAACUUGAAAACCCGUGAAGCUUGGAUUGGAACUGGAAAUAUUAUAUCCACUCCUUGUUCUGUUUUAUCAAUGAAUGAGAUAUAGUG